UAGCGUCAAAUCGCAUCACAUCAAUGACGUGAAGCUAUUGUGCUUACUUUAUUGUGAAAAUGGCUGACACUGAACUUAUUCUGAAAAUAAUUAAUGCUGUAAAAAAGCGUGAUUGCUUAUGGAAUGUACACUCUUCAGAAUAUGCAAAGCGAGACAAAUUAGAAAAGGCUUGGCAAGAAGUUGCUGCUGAUGUAGGCAAACCAGACGUUUUUUGCCGCGAAAAGUGGAGAAAUGUUCGCACUGGCUUCCUACGCAGCAUUCAAUAUAAUACUAAUAUUCGUUCCGACUAUGAUAGUACCGAAGAUUUACCCACCCCCCGUCGCAAACGUUUCUAUUUGUACGAUGAAAUAAAAUUCCUUUUGCCGUCAACGGAAACAAUAGGACAAACUAAAAAGAGACGAAAGCUCUCCCGCGGUGCAAAGCCGAGAAUUUCCAUUGAUGAUAACAGUGGAGAUAUUUGCGAAAUCUCAACUAUACAAACAAGUUUCGCUACACAUGAUGAUAUUAAGCACUACAACAACGACACUAAUCAAAGUACAAACGUCGCCUAUCCAGAAAUAUUGAAUGAACUCCAACUCACCGCUAAUGCAUCUAAACCAUUAACUAGGCAAUCUGAUGUGGCUCUUACAAUGAAAAUGAAUCAACAAUCGCCCCCAUUAAAGCUUGAUGAAGAAAAAGCAGAUCAAAUGAAACAUGCGGCUCCUAUAAAUAUUUCAUCUGGUGCAACAAGAUAUGAAGUGGGCAAUAAUACCACGGUUGGAGAAUCGUUCAAUGUCAGUGCAAAUCGUAUUGAAUCUGACAUUCGCGAUGAGGAGCAACUUCUGGCAUUUUUUCGAGGUAAUAUCGACGAUAUCUUGUCACUGACACGCCCUAAGCAACGUUUGUUCAAGCGACGUAUGCUGGAACUAAUAGACGAUUUGCAUCGGUCGGAUAAUGGCCGUUAUUGUUCUUGACCAUGAAAUGUAAGAUUGAUAUUUAUUAGGUUCUUGACCAUGAAAUGUAAGAUUCACAUUUAUUAAACCUUUCUUAAUCGCAAAUAUGAAUAAACAGAAAAUACAUUCCGA